AUGAUUGCCUUUUUUAGGACCGAAAUAUCGGCGAACUCCACUGACCCCAUACCAAGUGGAUACAGGAUCAGCCUGACAGUGCUCUAUCUGCUUGUCUUCAUUGGUGGGAUCGUUGGAGUGAUAAUGAUGAGCACCACCCUUAUGUCAAACGUGCUGUCUGUCACCAGAGUGUCAAUUAUCAACCUGCUGGUGGUACACGUGUUCUUCCUUCUCACCGUGCCCUUCCGUGUCUACUACUAUAUCUCCAAUAACUGGAAACUAGGCAGCAGUGUUUGUAAGCUGGUCAGCAGCAUGCUUCAUGUGCACAUGUACCUCAGCUUCAUCUUCUAUGCCAUCAUCCUGUGUACACGGUUCAUGACUUACUUUGAAUCGAGACAACGACUGGAAUUCUAUCGAACUCUGCAUGCUGUAAUAGCCAGUGCUACAAUCUGGGCCAUCAUUUUGGCUAUUGUUAUCCCUUCUACCAUGAGUUAUGGAUCAGGAAUGAAUACAACUAGUGAUCAGUGCUUUGUAUUUGGAGCUGCUCUUAAAAAUACAAAUGUGAAAGUGCUGAACUACAUCAUCUGCACUGUGGUGCUGCUGAUCUGGAUAGCCUUGGCCUCAUGUCAGUGUUACAUACUGUGGCGUGUGUGCCGAAAACAUAGGAACGUCUCAUGGGUUCACCAAGAGUUCUGGGCUCAGAUUAAGAGUCUGAGCUUUGUGUUGAUCAUGCUCAUUUGCUUUGUGCCAUACCAGACUUUCAGGAUCUACUAUGUAAGCACAUAUUCUCAAGAACUUCAAAAAAUCAACGAGGUUUUUCUGUCAGUCACGGCGUUUAGCUGCUUUGACAUGCUUGUGUUUGCUGGCAGAGGUAUGUGGCAACUGGCUUACAAAAUGUGUUUUGUUUCGUGAUGUAUUUAUAUACUGUAUAUAGACCAACUUAUUCCAAAACUCUUCGUUGAGGUUGAAGUCAGGAUUUUGUCCAGGUCACUUAAGUAUUUUCCUUUGAGCUCAGUUGCAUUGCCAU